AAAAAAUCCUCGCUGGGGUACAGCGAUACAGUUAGUUACGCCAUGGAAGCGGGGCCUCUGGCUACUCUUCAGAAACGAGCUUCUUGGGGAGGGUCUAUCGUCGACUUUUUCCUAGUGAUAACACAGCUGGGCUUUUGUAGCGUUUAUGUUGUGUUCUUGGCAGAAAAUGUGAAACAAAUCCAUGAAGGAUUUCUGGAAAACAAGAUUGCUCCCAUAAACGUCAGUGCCGCCAGCAGUUCUUCCGAGAGGAGGAGUACGGAUCUGCGAAUAUACAUGCUGUGUUUCCUGCCCUUCCUGAUCCUCUUGGUCUUUAUUCGUGACCUUAAGAGCCUGUCCUUGCUUUCGUUGCUUGCCAAUCUGUCCAUGGCUGUCAGCCUGGUGAUCAUUUACCAGUAUGUUGUUAGAGAUAUAGUAGAUCCUCGAAAACUGCCUCCUGUGGUUGGCUGGAAGAAAUACCCACUGUUUUUUGGGACUGCAAUAUUUGCUUUUGAAGGAAUCGGUGUG